AUGGCAUGCAUAACUACCAGUACCUCCAAACUCGCCCUGACCCUUUGCAGCUGGAACGGUAAUGAGUUUGUGGAGCAGGUGAGCGCUGACUUUGUGAUGUUCGAAGUGAACGGCAUGUAUAACUACCAGUACCUCCAGUCGGUCGAGGAUGCCAAGUGCGUCUCCCAGCCCCAGAACUGGACCUCUCUGCUGAGCCAGCAGCAAUAUGAACCUAACCCAAACACCGCCUGGACCAGGAAUAAUUAUAAGAGCUGCAAGGAUUCUGAUGGUCCGCCCCUCACUGACCCAGAAGCCCAGUAUCAGGUCCUCAACAUGGGCACAAGAAACAGAGUCUUGUUUCCCAACUACAACGGGAUGUACGUGUUCAGAGUCAUAGUGGUGGAUCCUAGCUACAGCUACUGCAUGCUGACCACUACGUUCAGUGUGUAUGUGUAUGGGGCGUUCCCUCCCCACCCUCUGCCCUCUUGUGUGGCACUGGGCAUCUUCCUGGCCAUCUUUGUGGUCCUGCUGCUCAUCGGCUUUUUCUUAAGCAAGCGGAAUUACAAAAAAUAGGAUGGACACACUACACACAUACAUACACACACACACACUCACAAUACAUCCCAAAACAGGAAAUGCAUGGGUUGACAGUGCGAUCCUGGUUCUAUGAAAUCACAAGGUUGAACACCUGUCUCUGUUUAGAUGUUUGUUGUCAGGCAUCAGGGUCCCACUCAAAAGUAUUGUUGUCAUUGUUCAUGGAUGAACACCUCUGUGUGUUGACACUUAGGGAAAACACACGCAUGUCCUCUGUGCAGCGUGAAAUGAAUGUGGUGAGCUGUUCAGGAUGUUCUCUGCCAGUCACUAAUCCCU